GUCGCGCCCGCUUGCCGUCUACCUCCAGUCCUCGAAGGCUCGGCAAGCAGCGUCUUUAUGUCGUCGUCCAAGUCGUCUGUGGUGCUGGGUUACUGGGAUAUUCGCGGGCUGGCGCACGCCAUCCGCUUGCUCCUGGAGUUCACUGAUACAUGCUAUGAGGAGAAACGGUACACUUGCGGGGAAGCUCCUGACUAUGAUAGAAGCCAAUGGCUGGAUGUGAAAUUCAAGCUAGACCUGGACUUCCCUAACCUGCCCUAUCUCAUGGAUGGUAAGAACAAGAUCACCCAGAGCAAUGCCAUCUUGCGCUACAUCGCUCGCAAGCACAAUAUGUGUGGUGAGACUGAAGAAGAAAAGAUUCGAGUCGACAUAAUGGAAAACCAAAUAAUGGAUUUCCGCAUGCAGCUGGCACAACUCUGCUACAGCCCUGACCACGAAAAACUAAAGCCGCAGUACUUGGAACAGCUACCUGAACAACUGAAACAAUUCUCCUUGUUCCUGGGGAAAUUCUCAUGGUUUGCAGGGGAAAAGCUCACCUUUGUGGAUUUCGUCACCUAUGAUGUCUUAGAUCAGAACCAUAUGUUUGAGCCCAAGUGCCUGGAUGAAUUUCCAAAUCUGAAGGCUUUCAUGUGCCGUUUUGAGGCUUUGGAGAAAAUAGCUGCCUACAUGCAGUCUAACCGCUUCUUCAAGAUGCCCAUCAACAACAAGAUGGCCCAGUGGGGCAACAAGAGAAUAUGCUGAGCAGGAGGCCGACUUACACUGCUUGUGUUAUUCCCUCCUGUCCAUAGGGGGCCUGUACUCUCUUCUCUGCUCUUUUCAAUAAAUAGAUUUAGGCUA